UAACAUGGCGGCUGUCCAGGUCGCAACUCUGGGCACGAUCGUACUAUCUUUGGUGAUUGCUGCUGUCGUAUUAUUGGUCAUUUUAUACAUCAGCUUCAAGAGUAAACAGCAAAAAGAUGAUAGCUCUGAGAACUUAAAACCAGAAUUAGAAGAGAAACAGCCGAUCAAUGGAGAAAGAAAAGACAAAACGAAGCAUCCUAAGGGAAAAAAAGGAAAUCUUCAAUUGAAGCCCCAUCCCAGACAGUUCGCUAUUCUUAAAGGCCACACAGGAGAUGUUUUUGAUUUGGAAUUUAGCUUGAAUGGGAAAUACAUGGCAUCAGCUUCUCUAGAUAGAACGGUGAGAUUGUGGAGUGUAAAGGAUUUCAAAGAGAAAGAACAUAAAUAUGUGAGAGCCAAUGUUGAUUUUGAUCAUGCUACAAAGGUCAACUUUAGUCCAGAUACAAGUGAAGAUACAUCUCAACAACAACCCGUUCGCUUCAGAAUUUUUUUAAUAAUAACUGUUAUUCUACUCAUUUUGUCUAUAACUUGUUUAGGUGAGGUGCUGUCAAUCAUUGACACCCGUCAGAUGAACAACAGUUAUGCAAGCUUAUCUCCUUGUGGAAAAUUUGUUGCAUCAGCAGGUUUCACCCCUGAUGUAAAACUUUGGGUCGUGGAGUUCACCAAGACGGAUGAAUUCAAGCAAGUUUCAAGAGCAAUGGAGUUGAAAGGUCACUCAGCUGGUGUCUUCCAUUUCAGUUUUUCAGCGGACUCUACAAGGAUGGCAACUGUUUCAAAGGAUGGAACCUGGAAAAUAUGGGACAUCGAUGUGGAGUUCACAAAGAAACAAGACCCUCAUCUGCUAAUAACAGGAAUAUAUGACGCCUCGUUUGGUGUCUACAACAAUAUGCUGAUCAGUAUGUCCCCGGAUGCGUAUGUCACAGCUGUUGCAAUGGGACGAUCUAUUGGAAUUUUCAACACAGAGAAUGGAAACUUAGAGGAGCUGUUAGAGGAAGUACACGGAGAUGACAUCACAGCCAUUGCGUGGCACCCCAGUUCUCGUUACCUUGCCACCGCGGGCGGAGCAGACCGUCAGAUCAGAGUGUGGCAUAAUGCAGCUGGUAUCAGGAUUCAGAUUGACGAUUUAGAAGGGAGAAUGUAUCGUGCCAAGAAUGAAAACGUUAAGGAGAGAUUAGAACAGCAGAUUCU